GCCCCGCGGAGCCGGCCGGCAUCUCCGGGGUGGCUCGGGCGCCCCUGAGCGGGCGGCGGCGGCCCCGCGACCCCCCCGGCAGCCGCUCGCCCUCUCUUUUAUGGAGCUUGGGCCCCUGCCCCAGCCCGGUAGAGGCUGCGGAGGUGUGCGGUCCAGAAGUCUGGUACCCAGCCCGGAGGCCCCCGCGAGGUAGCGGUGGCCCGCGGCGGCCCCCUCCCGGCAGCGCACCAUGGGCCAGAAGCUGUCGGGGGGCCUCAAGUCGGUGGAGGUGCGCGAGCCGGCGCUGCGGCCGGCCAAGCGGGAGCUGCAGGGGCCGGAGCCGGGGCGGCCGGCGCGGCUGGACCAGCUGUUGGACAUGCCCGCCGCGGGGCUGGCGGUGCAGCUGCGGCACGCCUGGAACCCCGAGGACCGCUCGCUCAACGUCUUCGUCAAGGACGACGACCGGCUCACCUUCCACCGGCACCCGGUGGCCCAGAGCACGGAUGGCAUCCGGGGCAAGGUGGGCCACGCGCGCGGCCUGCACGCCUGGCAGAUCAACUGGCCGGCCCGGCAGCGUGGCACCCACGCCGUAGUCGGCGUGGCCACUGCUCGGGCACCUCUGCACUCGGUGGGCUACACGGCCCUGGUGGGCAGUGACGCCGAGUCGUGGGGCUGGGACCUGGGCCGCAGCCGCCUCUACCACGAUGGGAAGAACAGGCCCGGAGUGGCCUACCCCGCCUUCCUGGGGCCCGAGGAGGCCUUCGCGCUGCCGGACUCGCUGCUCGUGGUGCUCGACAUGGACGAGGGCACGCUCAGCUUCGUCGUGGAUGGCCAGUACCUGGGCGUGGCCUUCCGCGGCCUCAAGGGCAAGAAGCUGUACCCGGUGGUCAGUGCCGUGUGGGGCCACUGCGAAGUCACCAUGCGCUACAUCAACGGCCUUGACCAUUGCAGCGUGGCCAGGGUAGAUGCAUGGAGGCCCCUUCGGAGGCUACUUCAAUACAAGGGCUGGUGGCCCGGAUCAGGAGCCGAGCCCCUGCCGCUGAUGGACCUGUGCCGGAGAUCCAUCCGCUUGGCCCUGGGCCGCCAGCGCCUACAGGACAUCGGCGCCCUGCCCCUGCCUCAGUCUCUCAAAAACUAUCUGCAGUACCAGUGAGGCUGCGGAGCAGCAGUGGGUACCCACAGCCAGCAGGGCCUGUCAUUCGUGGUCACGCAGUACCUUCAGGAAGGAGCACCAGGACACACAGUUCUUUGAAAGGACCAGGACGCCUUUCCCAACCUGGAGAACGAAACAUCUCUUGCCAACAGUAUUUGCGGCCUUGGUAAGUCAGGCACCUCCUUGGUGGCCGUGAUGAGCCCGGAGCCUGCGCCCAGCCGACAUCCCGCCCGCCCACCGAGACCCAGCAGGCACCAGUAUUGCUCAGAGAGCCUGUCUCCUUCUUGGAGAGAAUGAAUAGAACAUCUGGGCAGGAGGCACUUCUAUUGCGUGCCCUGGUGCAGACAGGGCCGGGGAAGCUGGCCGGCUCGGGGAGAAAAUUGCCUCUGAAUAAUGAAUGACGAAAGCAGCUUGAUGCGGGUGCCCCCCCGGGCCCCCACCCCUCGACACUUUAGGACUCUGUGCCCCUUUGCAAGGCUAUUCCCCAGGGAUGCCCAACUGCAGCAUUGGCAAGUGGACAACGCAGUGUUUGGACCCCUUGCAGCUUACCUCUCUGAACAUUGUUUACUCUCCCCUUCAGCACCCUCUGUCCCCCCCGCUGACCCGCAGCUCUCGGGCUCCCCCAGGCACCUCUAUUCAGGGAAGCUGAGUCUAACUCACCCCAGGGACAGAGAGUAUCCUUAGUAGUAGUAGUAGUAGUAUCUUAAGUCACGCUGCAUUGUAAAAGAGGAACGUGGUGAGGGCAGUACUUAGUCCAAAGGUGCUAAAGGGGGAAUUUGGGGCACUGUGCCGCCCAAGUGGAUGAUGUCCUCAGGCUGGGGGGCCUUCCUGGGGUGCUGGGAGGGUCUCUAGGCAGCCGUCUGUUCUGGAGGUGCCUGGCUGCCGCAAAGCUUUAUCGGAGCGAAUUAUUUUUUCACUUUAGGAGACAUGUACAAGUUUCUGUUUCAAGUGUGUGUGUGAUGUGCUGUUUAUUUAUCAGCUGGGGGCCCCAGGGGCAGCCCUGUAACCGGGAGGGUGGACGCGGGCGGCCCCUUCUCUGCCUGCCCUGAGCCUGGCCCCCUCCCGGGGACGCUGCUGCUGCUGCCGCUGCAGCCACCGUUGGGCAUCUCUCGUGUGUUCCUGAAGCUCUCUGCCCAGACCCAUUUUUAACUGGAAAUUGCCACAGCAGUGGGAUUCCAGAGCCCCAGACGGCACUGCCUCCCCCCACCUUAAUGUGAAUUUGACUGAUGAAUGAGGAGCGUUUCUAAUAAAGUUUGUCGUUCAGUC